UUCCCUUAAUUUUACCAAGUCAAUGAAAGCCUCUCGUUGGGUUUUAUGGUUUUGAUGCUGUAUGGCUUGCAACUCCUUGGCAAAUUUUUUAAAACUUAUCACUGGUCCUAAUUUUUUUCAGGGUAUAAUGAUUUUUUUUAGGAAAGAACGUGUAUAAAUUGAAUUUAUUUUGAAUUUUGUUUUAUACAUAUUUUCUUUUUUUAUAAGUAUUUUCUGGUGAAAGGAAUAAAACAGAUCGGUGAAAAGGCUUGAAGCAAAACUAGUCUCUUCAUGUCUGCAUUGGAGAAAAAUGGCCAUGACGCCGAUUCUUCUUCCUUCGCCGCUACCAUCAUUACAGACCCACAGGAAUGUGAAGCGGAGAGGGAGCAGACUUUGCCUUCCCAGGUGGCAUCUUUCCUGUGGGGAGAAGUUGUGGGUACGGCUCAGGUAUUGGAGAGAUGGUUGGCUCUAGUGCGUAAGCGGAGUGGUAAAUUCAAGCCGUCGGGUUUUCCCCAUCGUUUGGCGAUGGCCGAAUCAAUGUCUCGAGGGUUCUUGAUGGAUCAAAAGCAGAGUGCCACAGAACUAAUUUCAGGCCAACCCAAUGAUUUUGAUGAUAAGUCAUUUCCUUUGGACCAAACUCCAGAAAUGAGUUUGUGGGAAAGACUUGGAAAUGCUGCAACAUUGAACAUUGAAUCAGGUGCCAUCACAUGGAGUUGUCUUUCAUCCCUACAUCAUACUGAGCAUACUAGCAGUAAUGAGCAUUCUGAAGAUGAAUUGAACAAAGUUUUAGAGGUGACUGUAAAUUCUGGGGGAGUUGUUUUCUUUGCUUUGUUCAACAAUCCAGAGGAUAGUGCUCUUCUACCAAGGGAAAUAGCAGCAGUUAUAAAGAUAACAUCUUCAAGGCUGACCACACUUUCAGAAUGCUUGGGCUAUGAGUUCGCUAGAUGGCUUGGAGUGCAAACCCCUCAAGCUAGGGUGGUCCAAAACUUCAGCCCUGAAUGGCAAAUUAUCAAAGAUGCAGCAGAAAAUGCAUGUAAUGGUGCUGCUUCCGUUGGUGAUGAAGUUGGUGAAAUGACAUGCUCAGAGCUGUUGGAAGCUCUAGAAAUGAGUCGCUGUAUACUGCUAAUGAAUUAUGUUCAUGGAUCACCUCUUCUCAAGAAUUCACAAGCUUUUGAUUCACUGGAAGCUGCUGAAAAUACUGCUGCUGCACUUGGUAGGAUACUACUAUUGGAUCUUAUUAUUAGGAAUGAGGACAGACUCCCUUGUCAUCAGCUUGGGUGGCGCGGCAACCCUGGAAAUCUACUCUUUGUGGAUAAAACAAUUUCAUUAAAAUUGGAUGCACUUGAUGCAAUCAGUGGUCUUUCUUCCAAAAGAUAUACCCCAGCUGGUUUCAAAUCCUUGCAGAAAAACCAGAAAGUAGACUCCUUAAACAGACGAAAAGAUUUAUAUCAUAACUCUGUUGAAUUGAAUGAAAUGAGUCACAUAUCCACUGGGGAACAAGCAAACAAUGUAGAUGAACUCGCUGACUUUCGUAUUGUGGCUAUUGAUACUGGGGUUCCUCGCAGACCUCCAGCAGGCAAACGUGUAAAAGAUCAAGAGCAAUACCCAAGGUUGGUUGAGCUUUUACUUAAUAGUUUAGAGUAUUCUUCCAACCUAUUACACGAAAUAUCUGGUGGUAAACUGGGAUUUUCUGCAUCAGAAGAAGCCGAUAUCCUAUUUCCUUGUUCAUCAACUUUUUCUUCUCUUUCUUAUAAUGAUAUGAUGAAAGUUGUUCGCAAAUUUAGAAGCGGAUUUCGUGAUGCCCUGAUGGACAUGCAAAGCUUUUAUUUUAUUCUCCUUACGCUUAAUCAGAAAUUAGAUGGGCUUUUUCGAAUUUUCUUGUCGAUUGUAAAUAGAAACUCUGAUGAUGCUGAGAAGGAUGAGUCGCGGAAUUAUUGCUCUCCACGUUCAACAGAUUUGGGCAUUAGCAAUUCCCUCUGUAAGGAGCGAUCUGCUAAUGAGAGCCGUGCAGAUUCUAGUGAUUCAGAAACUCGUAGAAACACUCCAAAGUAUUCACCCCAAGGAGAACCGGAACAUUGUGGAAGCCCUAAGUCCACAUCCUCUGGUUCUAGAGGAAAUUGGAGUGGUAAGUAUUUCAAAGGAAGUGAGCAGUCCCAUAGAUUGCGCUUGACAAUGAAGCUUCGUGAUCUUCACAAGUUUGUGAAGGCUGAUGUUGAAUUUAACAAGGAUUUGGAACAAUGGAUUGAGAUGCUGAAAAUAGACGUUGUUAAAUUUUGCCAGGAAAAUAAUUUCAAUACUGGCUUCUUUGAUGGGAAUGAUAGUAAUCUUGCCAUUGAUGCAUAUGAGUUGAAGGUUCGACUUGAGCAUAUAUUGGAUAGGAUAGCGUUGAUUUCUGAUGCUAUGACUACAGAGCGGCCGUCUCAGGUCACAGAUAAUUUGUUUAUUGGUGGAGCAUUGGCUGCAAAGUCUAUGCAUACUUUGCAGUACUUGGGCAUCACACACAUCCUUUGCUUGUGCCUAAAUGAAAUUGGACAAUCAGAUUCUCAACAUCCUGAAUUUUUUGAAUACAAAAACUUCUCUAUAAGUGACCGUGAUGAAGAAGACAUCAGUAGCCUUUUUGUUGAGGCCUGUGAUUUCAUUGCCACUGUCGUUAAUUCAGGCGGAAAGGUGCUAGUUCAUUGUUUCGAAGGAAAAAGCCGAAGCGCGACAAUAAUUCUUGCCUUCUUGAUGAUGAGGAAUGGUCUCACAUUAUCAGAAUCAUGGAAUAUGCUGAGGAAGAAGCAUGGGCGAGCGCAACCAAAUGAUGGCUUCGCCAAGGCAUUGCUCAAUCUCGAUCUGAGGCUUCAUGGAAAGGUUUCCAUGGAUUGGCAGCACAAGAAGCCUGUAAUGAAGGUUUGCCCAAUUUGUGGGAAGGAUGUAGGGCUGAGCACGAGUUCACUUAAGCUUCACUUGCAAAAGUCUCAUAAGAGGGUCUCUUUAGGAAGUGUGGACAGUGGCUUGGCCAUCGAGACUCUGAAGGUUUUUGAAGAACUUAAGAUCAGCCCUUCAGUCAACAACAGCCCUAUUCACUGCAAGUCUCGUUCACUUUCACAUAAAUUUGUUUAA